GCGGUGAAGAUGAAGUUGCCCAGCGCUGUCGGGCUGCUCUUUCUCCUCCAAAAUGCUUUAACCUCCGCUGUAGCAGAGACCACUGUAGCAGAGACCGCAUAUGAGCCAUUUACCACUGUCAGCGGCUCUUUGGACGACCACGGAGUAUGCCAAUGCUCGGUAUACUUGCCGGACACCACGUUCCCUGUGCAGAAGGUGGAGAGGCUGGAAAUUCUGGCCCAAACGCUCUCCGUGAAAUUUGAGCAGGAACUCUCUAAAGUCUGGAAGUAUACAAAGGCCGUCGAAAUCUACGAGCAAAAGAUCCUGAAUCUAACCCUGAAGGUUGAGGCCAUGGAGAAAACCAGCAUUUCUUACACUGAACUGGACUUCCAGCUGGUGAAACUGGAAAUCGCUGAAAUGGACAAAUUGGUCUCUCAGCUGAAGAGCACGCUAACUGGGAGCAAUGUGAUUGUCGAGCAGCUGUACGAAGAGAUUAAGAAUCUGAGCGUCAUGGUGAAUACGCUGGAAUCCCUGGACAAGAACAACAUCCUGGCAAUCCGCCGAGAAAUGGUGGCUCUCCAGGGUAAACUGAAGGAGUGCGAAAGAGACAGAAACCAGACCACCAGCAGCAUCCCUCACUUCCCACCUGGAAGCUGCGGUCAUGGUGGAAUCCUGAACAUCAGCCAACCUUAUGUGAUUCAGCUGAACUGGAGAGGAUUUGCCUUCAAAUAUGGAGCCUGGGGAAGAGACUACUCUCCCCUUUCGCCCGAGAAGGAUCUCUUCUGGGUGGCUCCCCUGAAUACGGAUGGGAGAUACUUGGAAUAUUACAGAUUUUACCGUUCCUAUGACGAUUUGCUGCUCUACAAAAAUGCGAAGGAGUAUCGAAUUCAGUAUGGGGAAGGAAGUGGUACUGCUGUCUACAAAAAUUACAUGUACUUUAAUGCACAUGCUUCAAGAGAUAUGAGUAAGCUGGAUUUAAACACAAACACGGUUGUGGUGAGAAAAACUCUUCCGGGUGCUGCCUAUAACAAUCGGUUCUCUUACGCGGGCGUACCCUGGCAAGAUAUGUCUUUUGCGGUGGAUGAGAGUGGGCUGUGGGUGAUUUACUCAACAGAAGCUAGCACUGGCAACAUUGUGAUCAGCAAACUCAAUGAGACAACUCUGGAUGUGCUCGAUACCUGGCAAACAAGACAGUACAGGCCGUCUGUAUCGAGCGCUUUCAUUGUGUGUGGGGUGCUGUACGCCACAAGGCCGGUCAAUACGAGGAAAGAGGAGAUCUUUUACACUUACGACACAAACACAGGGAACGAAGGCAGAAUGAGCAUCAUUAUAGAUAAAGUGAUGGAAACCAUUCAGAGCAUCAACUACAGCCCCGGAGAUCAGAAACUGUACGUGUACAACGAUGCCUACCUUUUGCGGUAUAAUCUAUUUUUCCAGCCCGUUGCAUCAUUAUAAUUUUCUAUGGAGAUUUAACAAUGCUCGUCUUCAGGAGGGAGCAUGGCUGGGAAAUCAGAGAAAUGACAUUUCUGUAUUUUGGGGGUAUGAUUUAUGAUAUAUUAAUGGGUGCACCAGCAGUCCCUGGAAAUGAUUUUAAUGCUUCUGCCAAACUUUUCAAUGUUUCAUUGAUUUCAAUGGGAAUUAAGCUGAUGCCUAACUUUGCUGUUGAAAUCAGUAUGGUGCAAACUUUAGUUAGGUCAUACUGAGACAAUUAGACUUGAUUGUGGGGGUCCCCAAUGUGGUGCCCACGGUUGGACACCACAGUGCCCGCUGAAAUCUUUCCUGGCACCCAUUUUUAGAAAGUGGGUGGGGGAAAGUGGGACUUCUAAUUGGCUGUUGGAGAUUUGAUUGGUUGUACAGAUUUUUAAAAUGUUGAUUUUGCCCUGUAACUGCCACCACAUCAUAAUUAUCUUCCCUGUGUGAGUGAACGUAGGCUAUGGCAACCAUUUUGUAACUGGCUCAACUUCCUGGGCAGCCAUUUUGUGCCUGAGCCUACCAUGCUGUGUCAGAAUCCCAAAGGUGCCUGAAGGCUCAUAAAGGUUGGGUACAACUGCUUUACUGUGUCAGACCAAUUGUGAUCAAUGCUGUUUACCUAUCAUAAAAGUGAAAAUAGUCUUGUUUUCUGGAUGAGGGAGAAUAAAAACCAUCUUUGGUUGUUGUGUGUUUUCUGGGCUGUGUUGCUGUGGUCUGGUAGUUUUUAUUCCUAAUGUUUCGCCUGCAUCUUUGUUUCUGGGCUUUUCCAAUAUUAUCUGAUUGUGAAAUAAAUUGUGAUAAUAUCUGAUUAUGAAAUAAAUGCACAGUUUGACACUUU